AACUUCUCUUAAACUAGCUUUUUUUUUUUUUUUUCAAUCUUUUUCUCUAAAAGCUUUUGCCUUUUCUUCAUCUUCAUCCUCAAAUCUGAAAUGGGUUCUUCCCACUGGUUGAUAAUAUGCCUUACCCAUCUCUUGUUCAUAACAGAGCAGUUAUCUCCAGUUCAUUCUGGGAGUCACAAGACGAUCAACAAUGGACCAGCAACUAAGGUAAUCAAGCAUCUCUCUUUCCCAAAUUUCAGUUCCUUCAACAAUCCCAGAAUCCUUGAAGACAUUAAACUUCUGGGCAGUGCCAAAUUCUCAAGUGGUGAGCUUCAAAUCCCAGAUCAGUCUCAAGCUUUUGAUCUGAGACACCAAGCAGGGAAGGCUAUUUUCUCCUCUCCCAUUCGGCUGUACGACCCUCCAACUCAAACCCCAGCCUCUUUCCAAACAACCUUCGCUUUUCAAUUCCACAACUUGUCAAGUUUGGAUUAUUCUGCUUCUGGAGCUGGUAAUGGAAGUGGUGGCGGUGGUGGUGGUAGUGGCCUCACCUUCAUCAUUGCCCCAGAUGAGUUCACAGUCGGAAGACCAGGGCCAUGGCUGGCCAUGAUAAACGACGCAUGCGACGAGGAUUACAAGGCUGUGGCUAUCGAGUUCGACACGCGUUGGAAUCCAGAGUUCGGAGACCCGAACGACAACCAUGUGGGAAUCGACUUGGGCAGCAUGGUUUCUGCCAAAACAGUUAACGCCUCCGAUGUUGGUGUCUUCCUCAAGGAUGGCUCGGCUCACCGGGCUUGGAUCACGUACGACGGUUCACGGCGCUGGCUCGACAUCCGACUUGGAUCAAACGACGGAAGCUACCCUUCAAAACCAUUGUUCUCUGACUCUCUUGACAUCUCUCCUUACCUCAAAGAAUACAUGUUCGUUGGGUUCUCUGCUUCGACUGGGAACAAAACUCAAAUCCACAGUCUCCUUUCAUGGAACUUCACUUCAACUAGCCAAGCUUUUCUUCGAGUUCCUUCGUCUGAAACUUGCGAGAAUAAGCUCACUGUAGAUCACACAGGAAAGAUGACUCAUACCAAGACUCCGAGUAGUUUCUUGAUCUUCAUGGCAGUGGUGGUACUUGCUCUUGUAGUUCUCAUAAGUCUAUAUUACAGUAGAGGACGCAAACACGACAAAGGAAACGCCGUCGUUUUACCCGAAAAGAAGCAGAGACCGAGGCCACCAAACAAGCCUCGACGCUUCACAAGUUCUGAACUUUUUUCAGCCACUGCCUCGUUCAGCGAGUUAGAAAUUCUGGGUAGUGACUCGAAAGGAGUUUACUACAGAGGAAAGCUCUCCAAUGGCUGCCAAGUAGCUGUGAAACGGUUCUCGGCCCAGUUUCUGAACUCGAUUGGUUUAGACAAACGACGGCUGUUGAAGGAGGUUGUAGCCAUAGGCAAAGUCCGUCACCCAAAUCUUGUUCCAAUCCGAGGCUGGGCUCAAGACCACAGAGAAACCAUGGUGGUAUACGACUUCUUUCCCAAUGGAAGCCUCGACAAAUGGCUAUUCGGGGUCGGAGUUCUUCCAUGGACGAGGCGAUUCAAGGUGGUGAAAGACGUGGCCGAGUGCCUCAGCUUCUUACACUCGAAACAAUUAGCUCACAAGAAUCUCAAAACGACGAGCGUUUUUCUUGAUGUGAGCUUUAGAGCUGUGUUGGGUGAUUUUGGUUUUGUGUUGUGUGGGACUGAGUCAAGGAGGUUUGAAUCGGCGGUGAGUCAGAGUGUUGAUGUCUUUGAGUUUGGACUCUUGGUGUUGGAAGUGGUAGCCGGACGGCGGCGGUCGGAGGCUGCGGCGACGGCGGAGGUGGAGGACGAGGAGAGGGACUUGUUGCGUUGGGCUUGGAGAUUGCAUGAGAGUGGCGAGAAGGAGAAGUUGGUGGAUAAGAGAAUGGGCUUUGUGAUCCACUCGGAGCAAGCUAAUCGGGUUUUGGAAAUUGGGCUUCUUUGUACGCUGAAUGAGUCCAAAGGAAGGCCCACUAUGGAAGAGGUUGUGGAGUUUUUGGGAAUGGAGAGGCCCAUUCCCGAGUUGCCACUGAGUCGACCCGUUUCUUUGUUCCCUUAUAGUAGUAUGAAUGUGGGUCUUUGUAGUAUUGGUUACUCUUGUGCCCCUUUUAAAUGAAGGGAAAAUUUAUUUAAUUAUCCAAUUCAUAAUUGAAACUUAUAUCACUAAUUUAAUAGUUUCUACCUA